GCAAGGAGCGGCGGCUGCCGGCGCCAUGGGCACUGCCUCGUCGCUCGUGAGCCCCACCGGCGGGGAGGUGAUCGAGGACACGUACGGGGCGGGCGGCGGCGAGGCCUGCGAGAUCCCGGUGGAGGUGAAGCCCAAGGCCCGCCUGCUGCGCAGCUCGUUCCGCCGGGGCGCGGGGGCGGCGGCGGGGGCCGGGCCGGGUUCGCUGCCCCGCGGGGCGGGCGGCGGCGGGCUGCUGGGGGCCAGCUUCAAGUCCACUGGCUCGUCGGUGCCCGAGCUGGAGUACGCGGCGGCCGAGUACGAGCGGCUGAAGAAGGAGUACGAGAUCUUCCGGGUCAGCAAGAACCAGGAGUUGUUAUCCAUGGGCCGCCGCGAGGCCAAGCUGGACACGGAGAACAAGCGGCUGCGGGCAGAGCUGCAGGCACUUCAGAAAACUUACCAGAAGAUACUUCGGGAAAAGGAAAGUGCUUUAGAAGCAAAAUAUCAAGCAAUGGAGAGAGCAGCUACAUUUGAACAUGACAGAGAUAAAGUUAAGAGGCAAUUUAAGAUUUUUAGGGAGACCAAGGAAAAUGAAAUUCAGGAUUUAUUGAGGGCCAAGCGAGAGUUGGAGAGUAAACUUCAGAGGCUACAGGUUCAGGGGAUCCAUGUAUUUGAUCCUGGAGAGUCUGAUUCAGAUGACAACUGUACAGAUGUUACGGCUGCUGGACCCCAGUGCGAGUAUUGGACUGGUGGAGCCUUGGGAAGUGAACCCUCCAUAGGGAGUAUGAUUCAGCUUCAGCAGUCUUUCCGGGGCCCUGAGUUUGCCCAUAGUUCUAUAGAUAUAGAAGGACCCUUUGCUAACGUCAACAGAGAUGACUGGGAUAUUGCUGUAGCUAGUUUAUUACAAGUUACCCCCUUGUUUUCACAUUCUCUGUGGAGUAACACUGUCAGGUGUUACCUCAUUUAUACAGAUGAAACCCAGCCCGAAAUGGAUCUUUUCCUUAAGGACUAUUCACCUAAACUUAAAAGAAUGUGUGAGACAAUGGGAUAUUUUUUCCAUGCUGUGUAUUUUCCAAUUGAUAUUGAAAAUCAGUACCUCACUGUAAGAAAAUGGGAAAUUGAGAAGAGUUCAUUAGUUAUCUUAUUCAUUCAUUUAACCUUACCAAGCCUGUUAUUGGAAGACUGUGAAGAAGCUUUUCUGAAAAACCCUGAAGGCAAACCACGAUUAAUUUAUCAUCAUUUGGAGGAUGGGAAAGUCAGUUCUGACUCUGUCCAGCACCUGAUUGAUCAAGUAUCUAACCUGAACAAGACCAACAAAGCCAAGAUCAUUGAUCACUCAGGAGAUCCUGCAGAAGGAGUCUAUAAAACCUAUAUUUAUGUAGAAAAGAUUAUUAAACAGGACAUCCUGGGCUUUGAAAAUACAGACCUGGAAACUAAGGAUUUGGCCAGUGAAGAUUCUAUUCCAGAAGAAGAUGAUUUUGGUGAUGUUCUGUGGGACAUACAUGAUGAACAAGAGCAAAUGGAAGCUUUUCAGCAGGCUUCAAAUUCAGCCCAUGAGUUGGGAUUCGAGAAAUAUUACCAACGCCUUAAUGAUCUAGUGGCAGCACCAGCACCAAUUCCACCCCUUCUUGUAUCUGGAGGACCAGGCUCUGGAAAGUCCCUUCUUUUAUCAAAGUGGAUCCAGUUACAACAGAAGAAUUCCCCUAACACACUAAUUCUUUCUCAUUUUGUGGGGAGGCCCAUGUCAACCAGCUCAGAGUCUUCCUUGAUUAUUAAACGACUGACUCUAAAGUUGAUGCAGCAUUCUUGGUCAGUAUCUGCGCUGACAUUGGAUCCUGCUAAGCUUCUGGAAGAAUUUCCACAUUGGCUGGAAAAACUCUCUGCCCGUCAUCAAGGCAGCAUCAUCAUCAUUAUUGAUUCUAUAGAUCAAAUUCAGCAAGUUGAAAAACACAUGAAGUGGCUGAUAGAUCCACUACCAGUGAAUGUAAGAGUAAUUGUUUCUGUAAAUGUGGAAACAUGCCCUCCAGCAUGGAGGUUGUGGCCUACACUUCAUCUUGACCCUUUAAAUCCGAAAGAUGCAAAAUCUAUUAUAAUCGCAGAAUGCCACUCUGUAGACAUUAAAUUGAGUAAAGAGCAGGAGAAGAAGCUAGAACGACACUGUCGUUCUGCUACAACCUGCAAUGCCCUUUAUGUCACUCUUUUCGGCAAAAUGAUUGCAUGUGCUGGGAGAGCAGGCAAUUUAGAUAAAAUCCUUCUUCAGUGUUUCCAGUGUCAAGAUACUGUUUCAUUAUAUAGACUUGUUCUUCGAUCUAUCCAGGAGUCCAUGACAAAUGAUAUAGAUAAAGAACUAAUGAAACAGAUUCUCUGCCUUGUAAAUGUUAGUCACAAUGGUGUGAGUGAAUCAGAAUUGAUGGACCUCUAUCCUGAGCUGUCCUGGGCUGUCUUGACCUCCCUUAUUCACAGUUUACACAAAAUGUGUUUGUUGACUUAUGGUUGUGGUUUGCUCAAGUUUCAACAUCUACAGGCUUGGGAAACAGUGAGACUAGAGUACAUGGAAGGUCCCACCAUUAUUUCUUCAUAUAGGCAAAAGCUAACCAACUAUUUCACCAUGCAGCUAAGUCAGGACCGAGUGACUUGGAGGAGUGCAGAUGAACUGCCUUGGCUAUUCCAACAGCAGGGAAGUAAACAGAAGCUGCACGAUUGCCUUCUUAACCUCUUUGUGUCUCAAAACCUCUAUAAAAGAGGACACUUUGCUGAGUUGCUGAGUUACUGGCAGUUUGUUGGCAAAGACAAAAGUGCAAUGGCAGCAGAAUACUUUGAUUCAUUGAAGCAGUAUGAGAAAAACUGUGAAGGCGAGGAGAGCAUGAUUUGCUUAGCUGACCUUUAUGAAACCCUGGGGCGAUUUCUCAAGGAUCUAGGCCUUCUCAGUCAGGCUGUUGUGCCUUUGCAGAGGUCUCUAGAAAUUCGAGAAACAGCUUUAGAUCCAGAUCACCCACGAGUAGCUCAGUCCCUCCACCAACUAGCGAGUGUGUACGUGCAGUGGAAGAAGUUUGGCAAUGCUGAACAACUAUAUAAACAGGCAUUGGAAAUCUCAGAAAAUGCCUAUGGUGCAGACCAUCCACAUAUUGCUCGUGAACUUGAAGCACUUGCAACUUUGUACCAGAAACAAAAUAAAUAUGAACAAGCUGAACAUUUUAGAAAAAAAUCUUUUAAAAUUCGUCAGAAAGCUACAAGGAGAAAAGGCAACUUGUAUGGAUUUGCCCUUUUACGUAGACGGGCCCUACAGUUAGAAGAGCUCACGUUAGGUAAGGAUACACCUGACAAUGCUCGGACCCUCAAUGAACUGGGUGUGCUCUACUAUCUUCAGAACAACCUGGAAACAGCUGACCAGUUUCUGAAGCGUUCCUUAGAGAUGAGGGAGCGAGUUCUAGGACCAGAUCACCCUGACUGUGCCCAGUCUUUGAAUAAUCUGGCGGCUCUAUGCAAUGAAAAGAAACAGUAUGAUAAAGCAGAAGAACUUUAUGAAAGAGCCUUAGACAUUCGGAGACGCGCAUUAGCUCCUGAUCACCCUUCUUUGGCUUAUACAGUGAAGCAUCUUGCAGUCUUAUAUAAGAAAAUGGGGAAACUUGACAAAGCUGUACCUUUGUAUGAGCUGGCUGUUGAAAUCCGGCAGAAAUCCUUUGGCCCAAAGCACCCUAGUGUAGCUACUGCCUUGGUGAACUUAGCUGUUCUUUAUAGCCAAAUGAAAAAACACAUUGAGGCCUUGCCGUUAUAUGAAAGAGCAUUAAAGAUUUAUGAGGACAGCCUGGGUCGGAUGCAUCCUCGAGUUGGAGAAACAUUAAAAAAUUUAGCUGUGCUUAGCUAUGAAGAAGGGGAUUUCGAAAAAGCUGCUGAACUAUACAGAAGGGCAAUGGAAAUAAAAGAAGCAGAAACAUCUCUUUUGGGUGGAAAAGCUCCUUCCCGACAUUCAUCAAGUGGAGAUACAGUUAGCUUAAAAACAACCCAUUCUCCUAAUGUUUUCCUUCAUCAAGGACAGAGGUAAUAGCAGCAACUGCAAUUCAUUGCAAAUGCAACUUAGGAUAAAAUAAUUAAGAAACAUUUGGAACACUAGAAUUUAAAACUUAUUAAAAGUUUUUAAGAAAACUUAUUUUGUGUGAUUUAACUGAUAUUUGUAUGAAAUUGUAUUGGACUACAUUGAAGUUUGAGUCAUGAUUGUUUUGAUUUUAGUUCUUUAAAAGAAUUAAUUUUCCUAUUGUGUGGGAACCAAGGAUGUAGACACAUUAGAAUCCUAAGAUGACAUGAAGAGUUGAUCAUGGAGAGUAGACUGGUCUCUGUUCUACAAGAGCUGGCAAAGCAGCUAAGACAAGGGGUUCAAGAAUUCCAUGAUUCUUCUCCUCUCUCAAGUUACUUUAGCCUCAUCGUUCCUCAUCUUGCUUUUCAGCAGCAGUCUGGCCCAGUUCUCUACCUCAAAGAAGUUUCAAGGAGUAAAGGGAUAAUGUUGAUGGAAAGUAUGAAUUGUCCUCUGUAAAACGAACUAGUAAUAGGAAUGUGACUGCUACAUUUUUUUUAUUCUACCUUUUCAUUCAGCAGAUUGGGCCAAGCCCUCUGCUUUCCAUGCUCUCUACACUGUAUAUUGUUUUUACUGUGUAGAAUGUACCUGCACAAUCUGAAGUCAUUAAUGCAGUAACAGGUCAAGCUCUUUGGCAUUCUUUGACCUUUCCCAAAAUAUGGACGUGACCUUCUUUCUCAAAUGGCCUAAAUCUAUCUCUUCAUUUAUCUUGGACUCAAAUUAGUUGGCCAUUUUAUACUGAAAAUUAAAUAUUUUUUAUAGAUUUUAUAAAUAUUGCCAAUUUGGGAUAAUGUUUUAUACCACUUAUGUAUUUAUAUAUAAAUAAAAUCUUCAAUUUUAAUACUUGUAAGAUUCCUACAUGUAGUAAUUGUAAAGGUGAAAGAUGUAAUAAACAUAUUUCACUGUUUUAGAAUAAAAGUGGAAUUUCAAGUUCUCUUUUUCCCACUCCAAUUUAUAUUGGGUUGGCCAAAAGUUUCGUUCAUCUUUUUCCCGUAAGAUGGAUCGAAUAGCACUUAGUUGUCUUUAACUUCAUUCGUGACAAUGUUGUUAGAUUGUAUGUGACAGCUAUCAUAUCAGUGUGCAUUUUAAAAAAGAUUUAUCAAAAUUGGUGAAUUUUUGUGUAGCCAUUUUAAUAUUGAAGAUGGAAGAAAAAAAGCAACAUUUUCAGUAUAUUACGCUUUAUUAUUUCAAGAAAGGUAAAAACGCAACCAAAACGCAACCAAAAACGCAAUUCUAUUUCAAGAAAGGUAAAAACGCAAAAAGGAUUUGUGCAGUGUAUGGAGGUGCUGUGACCGUUUGAACGUGUCAAAGUAAUUUGCGAAGUUUCAUGCUGGAGAUUUCUCAGUGGACUAUGCUCCACGGUUGGGCAGACCAGUUGAAGUUGACAGGGAUCAAAUUGAGACAUUAACUGAGAACAAUCAAUCACAUUAUAACACGCGGGAGAUAGCCGAUAUACUCAAAAUAUCCAAAUCAAGCACUGAAAAUCAUUUGCACCAGCUUGGUUAUGUUAAUUGCUUUGAUGUUUAGGUUCCACAUAAGUUAA